AGUCCUUGCCUCCACCCACAAUGAUCCUGUCUCAGCUCUUUCAGGCUGGGUGGAUGAUCUUCCUCAGUCUCUCUCCUGUCUUUCUGUCUAUCCAUCCCAGCCUCUCCCUCCCAGGGACAGAGAUGUGCUUAGCCAUCCUUUCCCCGCCCCCGUCCCCGCCUCCUGGGAGGGAGGACUGGAGGAGGCAGGCUGGAACCUGAGCAGACGGGGUGGGGUGGGAUGUGACGGAGCUGGUUCUGGGCUGGGCAGGGCUGAGGAGGGUGAGGCUGAGGCUACUGCAGAGACAGCAGGAGAUAUGGCUGGGCCUGAGAAGGAGCAGAGCUGGAUCCCACGAAUCUUCAAGAAGAAAACUUGUACAACCUUUGUGGCUGAUCUCAGUGAUCCUGGGGGCAACCGAUGCCAGUGUGGUCACCGCCGGGAGUUUCACCCUUCUGUGGCAAUAGAAGAUGCCUUCGGAGCUGCUGUGGUCACAGUGUGGGAUGGGGAUCACCACACCACAGAAAAGCCCACUGAUGCCUAUGGAGACCUUGACUUCCAUGGGGCUGGUCGAGGUUUCAGCAAGUUCAUUCGGCUGUCUGACCGCACAGACCCUGCUGCAGCCUAUGCCCUGGUCACCCACACUUGGGGCUUCCCACCCCCCAACCUCGUGGUGUCUGUGCUGGGGGGCUCUGUAGGCCCUAGGCUGCAGCCCUGGCUCAGGGACCUGCUGCGUGGAGGGCUGGUGAGGGCUGCCCACAGCACCGGGGCCUGGAUUGUGACUGAGGGGCUCCACGCUGGCAUCAGUCGUCACGUUGGGGUGGCCGUGCAGGACCAUAACACAGCGGGCACAGGUUCCACCAAGGUCGUUGCCAUGGGCGUGGCCCCCUGGGGUGUAGUACGGAGGAGGGAGGCCCUCAUCAGCCCCAAGGGCCUGUUCCCUGCUCAGUACCAUUGGCGAGGAGAUGUUGACGAUGGAGCCCAAUACUCCCUGGACUAUAACUACUCUGCUUUCUUCCUGGUGGAUGAUGGGACUUACGGAAGCUUUGGGGGUGAGACACGUUUCCGAGCCAAGCUAGAGUCCUACAUCUCCCGGCAGAAGACUGGAGUUGGAGGCACUGGAAUCGACAUCCCUGUGCUCCUUCUCCUCAUUGAAGGGAAUGAAAAGAUGUUACAGCGUGUGGAAGAUGCCACCAAGGCUCGGCUGCCCUGCCUGCUAGUGGCAGGUUCUGGGGGUGCUGCUGACUGUCUUGCUGAGACAUUGGAGGAAGCCCUGGCUGUGAGGGAUUCCUCUUCCUCCUUUGGGACCCGAAGUAUAGGAGUCAGUGAACGGAUCCGGCGCUUCUUUCCCAAGGGGGACCUUGAAGUUCUUGGGGCUCAGAUAGAGAGAAUCAUGACUCAUCGGGAGAUGCUGACCGUGUAUUCUUCUGAUGAUGGUCCCGAGGAGUUUGAGACAGUGGUGCUGAGGGCUCUGGUGAAGGCCUGUGGCAGCUCAGAUGCAUCUGCAUACAUGGAUGAAUUACGUCUGGCCGUGGCCUGGAAUCGUGUGGACAUUGCACAGAGCGAGAUAUUCCGAGGGGACAUACACUGGCGGUCUUCGCACCUCGAGGUCUCCCUCCAGGAUGCUCUCGUGAAUGACCAGCCAGAGUUUGUGCGCCUCCUCGUCUCCCGGGGUCUCAGCCUCAGUCACUUCCUGUCCCCAGCCCGGCUGGCCCAGCUGUAUACGACUGCUCCCUCGGGCUCCCUGGCCCGACACCUGCUGGACCGUGUAGCCCCUGGUCCUGGGGCUGAUGGAGGCCGCAAGGAGAGCUCCGCCCCUGGUGCCCUCCCGGCCUCCCCUCUCCGAGAAGUGCACCUGCGGGAUGUGGGGCGGCUUCUUCGAGACCUGCUCGGGGCCACCUGUGCCCCUCAGUACCGUGAGGACACUGCAGUGGAUGACAUGGAGCCAGAUCCUUCUGGGGGCCACCGAGAGAGUAUGUGCCUCCUGAUGGACCCUACAUGGGACACCACCCUGGGGCAGGCCCCCUGGACUGACCUGCUGCUCUGGGCCCUGCUUCUGAAUCGGGCUCAAAUGGCUGUGUACUUCUGGGAGAUGGGUAGUAAUUCAGUGGCCUGUGCCCUGGGUUCUUGCCUCCUGCUUCGAGUCUUGGCCCGCCUGGAGCAUGAGGCUGAGGAAGCUGCCAGGAGAAAGGAACUGGCAGCCAAAUUUGAGGGGCUUGCCAUGAAUCUGUUUGCAGAGUGUCACCGAAACAGCGAGUCCCGAGCCACCUGCCUCCUCCUACACCGGUCCCCACUCUGGGGGGGCGCUACCUGCCUCCAACUGGCAACACAAGGUGAUGCCAGGGCGUUCUUCGCACAGGAUGGGGUGCAGUCCCUGCUGACCGAGAAGUGGUGGGGAGAAAUGGACAGCAGCACUCCCGUUUGGGCCCUGGUCCUCACCUUCUUCUGUCCCCCAUUCAUCUAUACCAACCUGAUCAAUUUUAGACCCAUAGAUGAGGAGCUGCUGAAGAGAGAGCAGUGGGGGCCAAAUGUGGAUGGCAUCAACAGUGAACGCCCCUCCGGGCUGGUAGACUUCUCAGAGAAGCCCCAGAAGCCAAGGACCAGGACGCCCUCAGGGGCACGAGGGAGCUGCUGGUGCCCAGAUCAGCUGCAGUGGGCCCGAUGCCUCCGUCGCUGGACCCAAUUCUGGGGGGCUCCGGUGACAAUCUUCCUGGGCAACGUGGUCAGUUACCUCCUGUUCCUCUUGCUCUUUGCACGGGUUCUACUGCUAGACAUCCAGCCCGAAUCACCCACUGCCAUCGAGUUCAUUCUCUACCUCUGGGUCUUCACGUUGUUGUGUGAGGAACUUCGACAGGGCCUGUCGGGGGGCUGGGGGAACCUUGGGGUUGGCACGCCCUCAGGGCCUGGGAGGCUGCCUCUGAGUCGGCGGCUUCACCUUUACCUUGCUGACACCUGGAACCAGUGUGAUCUCAUUGCCCUCGGCCUCUUCUUUGUGGGUCUCAGCUGCAGGGACUUUCUGAGAGACUUUUCGCCCCAGUACCCGGCAGAUGGGUUUCUCCGGUGGCUGUUUUUCCCUUCCUUCACGCACAGGCUAACGACGGAGCUGCACCAACUGGGCCGGGCAGUGCUCUGCCUGGACUUCAUGGUCUUCACCCUGCGGCUGCUGCACAUCUUCACAGUCAAUAAGCAGCUCGGACCCAAGAUUGUGAUUGUGCACAAGAUGAUGAAGGAUGUCUUCUUCUUCCUUUUCUUCCUGGGUGUGUGGCUUGUGGCUUAUGGUGUGGCCACUGAGGGGCUGCUCCGGCCACAGGACCGUGACCUGAUGGCCAUCCUAAGACGGGUUUUUUACAGGCCCUACCUGCAGAUCUUUGGCCAGGUCCCCCAGGGAGACAUGGAUGUGACCCUGAUGCAGCAGGAAAACUGUUCCAAGGAACUCGGCAUGUGGGCCCGGCCUCCAGGGUCCCCCUCAGGCUCCUGUGUCUCCGUUUAUGCCAACUGGCUGGUGUUGCUGCUUCUGGUCAUCUUUCUGCUGGUGGCCAAUGUGCUUCUGCUCAACCUUCUCAUCGCCAUGUUCAGUUACACCUUUGGAAAGGUGCAAGGAAACAGCGACCUAUACUGGAAGUUUCAGCGCUAUGGGCUGAUACGAGAGUUCCACAACCGCCCAGCCCUGGCCCCACCCUUCAUCAUCUUCUCCCACAUCCUCCUCCUGCUGAGGCAUCCCAGGUGCAGCCUCCACCAGCGGAUCCCCCCCUCACCAGAGGACUUCAGGCUGCACCUGUCUGACAAGGCAGAGAGGACGUUGCUGACCUGGGAGUCUGUGCAGAAAGAGAACUUGCUCCUUGUCCAAGCCCGGGACAAGAGGGAGAGUGAUUCAGAGAGGCUCCGGAGAACCUCUCAUAAGGUAGACACAGUCCUGAAGCAUCUGGGUCAGAUUCGGGCUUAUGAGCAGCGUCUGGUGGGGCUGGAGCAUGAGGUCCGUCACUGCAGCCAACUGCUCAGCAGGGUGGUUGAGGCUCUGAGUCGCUCUGAGCUGAUCUCACCAGCCGUCCCCACUCAACCCCUGAAAGAAUGAACCCUUGGGGCUGGACACCAAAGGACUCCCAUCCCCUUGAAACACAGGACUCAGGGCCAUCCUUCUCUGUCCUUCAAGUUCAACCUAUCAGGGACAAUCUCCAUCUUCAGGUCUCCAGUCUAAAAGGACCCUUCCAUUUCCUAGGGGCCUCUCAGGGAGUGAUCUUUCACUCUCUUGGACCCUCUUUACAUGGCCAUUUCAAUCCCCAGGAAGAUGGCCACAUUGACAAUAACCCCAUCACCAAAAAACCAUCACCAGGUGCCUCCCCCUAUCCGCAGUUGUCCAAUCUAAAAUGACCCCUGCCCCAGGCAGCAAGAUCCAAGUCCAAGGAUCAAGUCUGAGGAUGACAAAGAGGCAUUCAGGCAACCCUGGACUGUGGGGAUACCUCAGGGAACCAGGGCCUGGGUCAGGGCCAGGGGUUCUACCCCUCUCCCCAGUGUCUAAAAUCUGCAAAGGCUGUAAAUAAAGACCAAUUUGUAAGAUG